UGCGGACGACAUUAGCAUUAGCUAGAAAUUUUUUGUGUGUAGUUUCCAGAUUUUGAUUUUGCAAACUAAGAAUUAAAUGCACUGAAAGUUACAAUCCCGAUAUCAAUAUUCUUUUUGCAGCAGAUGUCAUCGAUUGAAAACUGCGAGAAAAGCAUGACAAAUGUGUAUAGGAUGAUGAAGUCUCAUCGUGAAAAGUAGUUUUGGUUAGAUAGACGUUAAAAAGUAGUUCUCGGGAUAGAUACGUUCGAGGCACCAUACUUAUCUGGUUUGGAAAAGUGAAGCAAAAUAAGGAGGUUGACUCUUUUUGACAAUUGCAUUAUUAAAGAUCAAAGAUAACAUGAUCAUGAUGCGGGGCCCACCGGCGUAUUUCUGCUUUGACGAAAGCCAACAGCUACUUGCCUUGUCAGAACAGUUUAUGGCGACCCGGGCAUGAUGAAAUCAAGAACAUGGACGAAAAUGUCACGUCUCUACAAUUUUCUCUUUUACAACCUGGCGCUGCUGUCGUCCGGCACGAUCGCGCGGCGGCGCGCGCAGGCAGAAAAGCCUGUUUCUUUGAAGAUACAAGAUCCACAGCUACGACCCGGCGCCCAGUCCCCUGAAAAGACGAUAGGAGUUCAACCAAAGACGCCCCGUCCUAUUCGACCUUCGGUGUCUACCGAUGAUUCCCCGCCCUGGGUCACGAAGACACUGUCGGACUUGGGUUCGAAGAGUGCGCAGUGGGAGUGGCUUUGGGUGAAAUUGGCGGAAAACGUGUCGUCGGAAGAGUUUUUCGUCCACGACGAGGAAGAUCCCGACCAUGCGCUGCACCGUCGCUGGGCUUUGCCGCUCUCUCCACGAGAGAGCACCGACGAGGAGGAGGGCCAUGGUGAGAACUCCCAAACAGCGGCGGCAGCAAGAACGAACGCGGAAUUUGAAGAGCUUGCCGGCGACGGACCGUCUUCCCCCAAAGGGACGAGCGGAAGUGGUUUUCACAGCAAUUGGUCCUCACAGAAGCACAAGCGGUCUUCGGGACAGCCGAUGGAAAAGAGUUUGAAGAGGGAGAUCGCGGAAACCGGGCGGACGCUGGGAAAACGCGAUGAGUGGGAGAACACGAAGAGCCCGGAGUUGAUUGUGCACGACGCAGCCACGGGCGACGUGAUCGGAGGUAUUUUGUACGACAAGAAGCCUUUGUCCCACCUCCACAAAAACCGCAAGUGGGUCACAUCGGUGCUACCCCACGUGUACGGCAAGUUUUACGAGUUUCUGCGGCGCACCAAGCAGGCGAACCCCAAACAGGAGGAUCUUUUCAACCGAGCGGUUUCGGUCCUGAAAACCAGUCCAGCCAGGCACGUGAAACACCACGGCUUGUUCUUCCCCAGGUUUCUGAUUAGCGGACUUCAGCUCAUUUGGGACGAAGUAGCUUUGGUGGCGGCGUCGGUUGCUUCCGGAGCGCUUUUGGUGAAAAGGCUGGAAAAAGCAAUUCAGGAAAGAGACAUCAAAACCAUCUUUGACGAGUUGAAUGCCCAGCGUGCGCAGCAGAGCUUGCCGACCUUCGAGGAAUUUGCGAGAAGCAGUGCGGAAGCUGCAGAAGUAGGUGCAGAUCAAUCUGUCAGUGACCUCCGUACGACACCAAGUCGUGCUGGCUCAAUCGAUUUCACAAAAUACGCAAAAUACUUUCCCUACAUUGGUUUGGUCGAGCGGCCGCCCCCCACGGGGGACAGCAGCGAUAGCGAUCGCGACGGCAACAUACGAGUUGGGAAAGUGAUUUUGGGUAUCGACUGGCGGUCAGUUCCAUUCUUGUCCAACGAGCACGUUCCGAAUUUGCGAAAUUCGUUUCAGCGCUACGUGAUGCGGGAGAAGCAACGGGACCAUGCGCCGCGGAACUGCCCAUCGUGCGCUGCCGGAACAACAAGCGCGGGCUAUCCGUCGCGGAACGUGAGCGAAACCUGGUUCUUUCCCGAAGAGCAGGAUGGUCUCGAGCAGGCUGCGUCGUGCACGGAAGGAGCGUCGGAGCCGUCGAGAUCGCGGAAAAAUUCAGACUUUCAAGUCAGCUUUUGUCCCGCACCUGAGCCAUCUGCCGCAGGACGACACGCCUGUCGUGCGGACAGUAGCGAGGAGCGUUUCAUGGACAUGAAGCCAGAAAUUCCGGCGGAACAAGCACUGCUGCAGUUACGAAGUCCACUGCUGAAGGAGCACAACAAAGCAGCCAGCUCUGGUGGAAUCACGCUUCCCGUCUUUUUGAAACGGGAUGUCGUUGCUUUUUCGCCUGUAAAGAAGGAACAGGAAAAUUUGAAUGAGGACUGUUCCGCUGGUGUGGUGGUACCACGGCGCCGCGGAAGCGGACGUUCUUUCAGUUCCGCUGGUAGCUCCACGGGCCGGUUGGAAGUGGAGUCUUCUACAGCGCUGCCGUCCGCCCCGACAGCCGGUAGUUUCGCUUUCAGUCGGCAGUCUAGCUUCGAGGGGUCAGAUAUCCUCACCGUCCGGGAUGUUUCUCCCAAAAGCGUUUUACCAGGAGCAGCAGAGCGAAUAGUACAGAAGACUAGCUCGUCCUGCAGUCUCUGCCAACCUUUGGAGCCGCAUCAGUUUUUUGAAACGCAAGUUACACGAACAGAAAAGGAGGACUUCGAAUCGGAGUGGCUCCAGAUGCACGUUGACGCCACGACAAAGCUAGCGCUUGACCACCCAGAUCGUGUCCUGCUGUUUGGGAGGCCGCUGGCGAAACCUGGAAUCUCACGAGGAGCGGGAAGAAAGCUGAAACGAAAGGGAACAACAAGUGGGUUUCUCACCGCCCCAAGCGCGGCUUUUUCGGGUGUCUCACCCGUCUUGCUCGAAGCGCACGAGAACAUGACGGCAGAGCGGAGCAAACAGGACAGCGAAAGCGCUGAAGAGAAUCCUCUUUCCGUGGCUGUUGCGGGAUCUUAUUCCCCCGGCGCCGUAGAGACCGGACCGACCGCGGCGGAUUCCGUCGACGACGGCACUGACUUUGGCCUCAUGCCGUGGCGAGUUGUUCAGCACCAGCGACUGGACCAGAUAGAAGGGAAAGCAACCCCGACGGCACCACAGCUCCAGUCUCCAUCGAAAGGAAGAUACUUGCCACCGCAAAAGCGCAAGGAACUCGAAGAGGCAGCGCGGCGCGGCGCUGCUUUGGUCGCAGGGACCACAAAUGAGCCAGGUACAACAGAAACUGCAGGCGAGAAGCCUUCUCUACGCGGUGAAAGUGGUACCUCCAAGAGGCCGCCACAGAUAAGCAGUCCCGGGUUGCCGCAUUCCUCUUCUGGAGAAUUCGGAAAUUUUUCAGCGCUAUUGGGUGGCAUGUACGGUUUGAACAGGACGACGACCGAGGAGGGGGAGCAAAGCAGCAGUUCUUUCAGGGAAACCCAGAAGAGACUGCGCAGCCCGGCGUCGACGGUAUCAACUAGAACACCUACCAGUGUGUGGUCGCCUGCUGCGUGCUCGUCGUCCGCGCCGUCGCCUCUCCUGCCUGAUAGCAUGCCCAGGACCUGGAUGCUGGAACUCGGCGAUGCAGCAAGUCCACCGGCAACGCCGCGAGGAAGCUCAGCGCGGGAUCUCGAGGUAAACUAUUCUUGUGUUUAGAUUGCUCGAUUUGAUUUAACAACUAAAUUCAAACGAAAUAGAUUUUCAUUUCAUGAUUUUUUUAUACGCAACGAGAAAACCGAAAACACGAACGAAAUGCAGGCUCGUGAAGCGAAAAUGCUGCACUCGCCGAUUAAAGAGGAGACUCAAUCUCAGUUGAAUUCGCCAAGGACGCCAAGUUACGGCAUGAAUGGCACGCUUCUGCAGUCCUUCAGCGCGCGACCAGGGGUUGGACCUCCUUUGGGAAGUGAGGCGUUCUGGGGUGCUGACGAGUAGAAUUAUUGCGAAAAGAAUGUUUAGGCCAUGUCAAUACGAUAUGAAUCAGUUUUGGGGCCUCGACGUGAUGAAGAGACCUUUUGCAUUUACGGAAAAAAAAUUUCCAAGCGAACAAAUCUAGUGAAGAGGAGGUGAGACUCGGAGGUGGUUCGCUUGGAUUACUUCCUUCUGAGUCUGACGAUUAUUUAAGUAUGCCGCUAAAUCUACUGACUACAAACGCAGAGUCCAGUUUUGCUAGUUCCAUGGUAGGUAUUCAAUAAAUGUACCCUGCAUGUUGGAAAUGAAAAUGUGAGUGGCUACUCGCAAAUCGUGCGAUCGGAAAUGCUUUUGCCGAUGUGUUGAGAACUGUGAGAAUAAUGCGAAAAGAGUAUGAAAAAGCUGUGACACUAACAUUGCAGAAAACAGAUUCCAGUUUAUUCAGUGAUUUCAAUGAUCAUGAAGAU